UACGGGAGUGCAACCAUAGGCCCGUAUGUACACAUAGACUUAUGUGACAUGUGGACUACACGUCUCGUUCCAGCGACAAUCCUCCUGUUACAAUUUGUUUAUGUGGUGAAUUCUGGGCGAGACUUCUACGAUAUUCUGGGUGUGUCACGUGAUGCUAAAGUCAAGGACAUCAAGCGUGCGUACCGCAAACUGGCUAUGAAGUACCAUCCUGACAAGAACCCAGAUAAUCCGAGUGCCGAGGAGAAAUUCAGAGACAUCUCUGACGCGUACGAGGUCCUGACAGAUGAAAGCAAACGUCAAACGUACGACCAACACGGAGAGGAAGGUCUGAAAGAUAACAUGAAUCACGACGCUUCCGAUGUAUUCAGCUCGUUUUUUGGUGGUGGUGGAUUUGGAGGCUUUCGGUUUGGCUUUGGUGGUGAUGAUAUGAGCAGAGAGAAGGAAAUUCCACGAGGAGGUGAUGUAGUAGUCGAUUUGGAAGUGACACUAGAAGAGCUGUAUGUUGGAGAGUUUCUAGAGGUAGCGAGAUAUAAGCCUGUUGUGAAACCUGCAUCUGGAAAGAGGAAAUGCAACUGCCGGACAGAAAUGAAGACUAUUCAAUUGGGGCCGGGAAGCUUCCAAAUGUCUCCUCAACAAGUGUGUGAACAAUGUCAGAACGUAAAGCUUGUAAACGAGGAAAAGAUGCUGGAAGUGGAGAUAGAGCCGGGUAUGAUGGACGGACAAGAAUAUCCAUUUGUAGCCGAAGGAGAACCUCAUAUUGAUGGUGAGGCCGGCGAUCUGAGAUUUAAGAUAAUCCAAAUGAGACAUUCUGUAUUUGAACGGAAGGGCGAUGAUCUGUAUACUAACAUAACUAUUUCUCUGAUGGAUGCUCUGAAUGGCUUUGUAAUGUAUCUGACCCACCUUGAUGGUCAUAAGGUCAAGAUUGAGCGAGAGAAGAUCACUUGGCCAGGAGCAAGAGUCAGAAAGAAGGGAGAAGGAAUGCCUAACUACGAAAACAAUAACGUGCUGGGAACACUGGUCAUAACAUUCGACGUCAACUUUCCUCAGGGAACUCUAUCAGAAGAAGAAAAGAAAGCUGUAACUCAAGUUCUCAAGCAGACAACAAAACAGACUGCGUACAAUGGUUUAUAAUGAGAAGCGGAGCUAUACGAUUGUUUCUUUUAUCUGGUGACCGUGUAGCUCUGCUAUGUAGGUCUGCAGUUGUAAUAUUUCAAUUAUUGUGAAUCUUUGUA